AUGCUCUCCAGUCGCUGUGCAUCACUUCUCCUCUCCUCAUCCCAAUCAAUUCUUCGUCGUUCCAUUCAAUCUGCAUCAGUUGGCACGUCAUCGGAGGCUCAGGUAAUCGAUACAGAGCAAGUUCAGAAGGAAGUAUUCAAGUCAAUCUCGGAUGAAGUUAAUGAGGAGAAGAGGCAACGAUUGUUUGCAGUUGUAUAUGUUAAUGGAAGACAAUGGAAGGUCAGUGAUGGCGAUUUAAUCAAUAUGGAGGGAAAUCUCCCAUUGAACGUUGGUGAUGAAAUAAAAUUGGAAAAAGUUUUGAUGGUCGGUGGCACGAACUUCUCACUCUUCGGACGUCCACUUCUUGACGCAUCUGCGGUUACUGUAGACGCUGUUGUUGUUGAGAAAAAGACAACGAAUCCCGAAUUGCACUAUGUUCAUCUCAAUCAUCAUCAGACCAAAUUUCUCAAUUGGAAAAGCGACGAGGCGACGGUUCUUCGAAUCAAAAGUGUGACGGCAAAGCAGAUUGAGCAGUAGAAGAUUAUUUUUUCUUUUUAAUUGUUGAUUUAUAUUUCUUCCAUUUUCUUUUUUACUAUUUUGUUUCUAGGUUAGUUUUUCCACAAAUUUCGUUUUUCAAAAUAAAUUCAUCAUCAUG